GGUAAGAAAUCCUAUUUUUGCCGCCCAUGGUUUAUCAUGCAUAAUGUAGUGAACGAAGAUUAUGUCUACAGGUAAUGUAGCUGUCGUCUCCAUAGUGAAAGCCAUUGGACUUGGACUCGGAGUUCUUAUUUGGGGAUCCGGUAGUUUAUUAAUGGGUUGGGCGAGUUCAAGGUUUGGCUGGUUUGGUAUAGAUCCCCAACAUGUCUCCAGCCCUUUAUUAAAUUACUGUGGUGCAGGGUUGUGUUUCCUGAGCGGGCUCAUCUUCUUCUUUGUGAGAACCGAGGUGGAGACACGUCCUCAUGCUGGAUCGCCUCUCCCAAGUCCUGACAGCAGGGUGAGAUCUGGGUGUGAACCCUCAGAGUCCUGGAUAGAAGUCAUAGGGCCAGAGACGAAACGAUUAAUAGGAUGCUCGCUGGCCACGGCGUACGGCCUGUUGGACGGCUUGUCCUUUGUCCCAAUCCUGUACAUCAAGAGCCGGGCCGCUUGCCAAGACAGCAUCUUCUACGGUGCCAGUCUGUACGAUCCUGACUAUGUGUACGCUCAGUGCUGUGGCAUUUUCCUCACCAGCACAGUGUACUUCCUGAUCUACUGUGCUUCAAUGACUAACAGACCCUGCGUGCCAUCCAGAGCUGUAUUGCCAGGGUUUGCGUCUGGUUUCAUGUGGACGCUAGCUAACUACUGCUGGUUCCUAGCCAACAUCUACUUGAGUUCAAUGGUGACCUUUCCCAUUGUGACAGCUGGUUACGGUCUGGUGGCGGCACUUUGGGGAUGUUUGGUGUUCAGGGAGAUCAAGGGUUGGGGGAAUUGCUGCAUCCUUGUCCUGGCCUCCUGUAUCUGCCUGACUGGUUCCAUCCUGACUGCUUUGUCAAAGACGCAAUGAAGUGAAGAAUGACAAGCCACUAGAUGGCAAUGCCCCACUCUGUCCACAUGCGUCCUCCCAGGGUCUGGAGCUGCAUGAGUUAGCUACAGAAUAUCUCAUGUUGAACCUCUCUCCACAUUGUCCCUACCAUUCACAGCUCCUGAAUCAUCUGUUCAUUUAUUUAUAGAUUGUAACACACACUUGGCAGUAGCAUUUAGAGGACUCAAGAACUUGAGUACUUUUCUCUCCUGAGGUAAAAAAAACCCCUCCCCCCGACUGUGAUGGAAAUAUCUAUUGAAAGGUCUAGGCAUUGUGCAAAAGAUGUAAAAGUCUCAUUAAA